UUAAAAGUUCGAACACUAACCUCAAAUCGCAAAAAUUCAAAUUAAUACCAACUAUUCAACAUUGUAAAUAAUUCUACUACGAUUUUUGAGUAUAUAAAUUUCUCAGCCUGGUCCCCAGAACCAGAUACAUUAUUUAUCCGUCGGUUGAAAUUUUAAAUUAGUAAAUAACCGUUAUUUUAACAAAUUUAACGGUCAUUUUACGUUUGCCACUUCUGGCUGGAGGUUGGUGCUUUUUUCAACAUGUUAACACCUCUCUGCAAUUUACCUGUCAUUUACCUGCACUUCAACUGCUGUUUACCUGCUAUUUACCUACGGACUCAACUGCAAUUUACCAGCCAGUAAAAAAAAAAACGGUUUUUUUUAAGACCAACUCAAUUAUAUUUAUAAUUUAUAUUUUUUGUAUUUAAUAUUAGUUUUUAUCAAGUUUUUUUUCAGCAAAGAUUUUUUAGAAUGGCACUGAUGGAUCACACCUACGUCAUCCCCGCAAAUCAAGAAGAAGUUGGUGUCCCAAACAUCCACCUUCUGGAUCACACCUACGUCCAACAAUUGCCUGUGGUUCAGAUGAUUCAAGCACAAGAAGAAAAUGGAGAAGAAGCACAAGCUCAAGAAGAAGCACAAGUCCAAGAUGAAGAAGCACAAGACGAAGAAGCACAAGCCCAAGAUGAAGAAGCACAAAACGAAGAAGCACAAGCCCAAGAUGAAGAAGCACAAAACGAAGAAGCAAAACCACAAGACGAAGAAGCACAAGACGAAGAGGAAGAAGAAGCACCAGCUCAAAAUGAAGAUGAAGAAGAAGAAGCUGCACCAAGGACAUAUAGGAUAAUUCCCGGCAUUCGACUCAACUCAAAAUUUUAUGUGGACAAUUUUGGAUAUAAAUAUUUAAAAAAAGUCAACCGUCCUAUAUGUCAUGGUACAGCAUCCAUCAGUAGAAAUGAGAUGGACAACCACAUUUUGAUUGUAAAUCCACACAAUCAUCAGCCGGAUGACAUUGAUUUAAAUGUACCAUUCCUGAGGAAUGCUCUUGGUGAGAGAGCUGUUGAUAGGACUAUCACAACAACAUCAAUUCGAGGUCUAUAUAAUAGUGAAAUAAUUAGGCAUCCCGAAGCUGCCAUUCGCUAUACAUUCCUCCAAUCACAAUCGAGGGCAAAAAAGAUGAGACAGUCAAGGCGCCCUCGAUUACCUCAGGACCUGCACGACCUUUCAGAAAUGUUGAGAGACCCCCGGAACACAAAUUAUGCUUCAACAUUUCAAAUUCCUUCAACUCCAUUUUUCAAUCAAGAAUUGAUUGUAAAUGGAGUAAGUGUUGGAAUUAUUUUUGCAAAUAUUUCUGCAAUUGAAAGGUAUCGUGAACAGUUGGCUACAGUAGAGAUGGUUGGAAUAGACGGUACCUAUAAGACGCUUCCUCAGGUGCCAGGGGACUUGCGAUCUUUCUUGACAUUUCAAAUACUCUACAAAAAUGUGGCAUUUCCAAUGGUCUAUGUUCUUUUGGGAAGUGAGACAGAAGAUACAUACUCUGCGUUAUUCGCCGUGAUACGCAAUAUUCUACCAUUAAAUUAUGAUAGAAUCCGGUUUGUUACUGAUUAUGAGCGUGCUCUUAUGAAUGCUGUCCGACAAAUCUUCCCGAACAGUGAUUUGCUAUGUUGUUGGUUCCAUUAUACUCAGUCAGUUGUUAGAUAUUGUCACCGAAAGGUGAAUGGUGUCUUGAACUUGGUAAAGAGGCAUGAAGUGGCAGCUCGUAUUUUCAGAAUGGUACUAGCAUUGCCUCAUCUACCGGCUGAAAGGGGUAAUCCGGGGUGCCCUAAUUUUUGUAUGGAAGAUGGCUUCCAUACAAUUGUCGACUACUCCUCACAAUUUCCUGAAAUUCAUGAGGUUAUGAGUCACUUCUUGAUGGACUACAUUUUCAAUUAUUGGUUUUUGCAAAUUGGUCCACGGCACUUGAGCGUUUUUGGUCAAGAUCACAGGACCAACAACUACUUGGAAUCCUUCCACUCAACGUUGCUCACCCAAAUUGGACGCCACCCUAAUAUUUGGGAUUUUCUUCAAAGGCUGAUUAUUGUGGAAAAUCAGUUCUUUGUAGAAUUUCAACAGCGCACCAAUAACCUCAUGAUCAGAGAUGGCACUUCCAGAUCUGAAAGAGAAAACACAACAAGGAUCAUCAGAGAAUCUGUACAGCAACUGAACAGAGACGGUGAUCUAUUGAUGUUUUUGAGGAGGACUGGUCACCGAAACGAUGGCUAUGUUCGACAACAAAUUGGACCUUAUCCUUGAGUACAUUGUAAAUACUGAGGUCUAUCAUUGUUGAUGUCCGGAGUAAUUUAACAGCCUAUAUUUGUCACUAACCGAUCUACACACACAAACACAUAUACAUAUAUACACACCUUACACAUCAUUACAUCUCAUAGCUAGCUAGUAUUUGCGCGGCGAACCCAACCACUACUAGUUGAGUUAUAACACUAUUACACAUAAAACAUGCAGAUCGGUUGGUGUGUAAUAUGGUGUGUGUUAACAUCUUUAAGCCGGGGUGCGUGAUCUACCAUAGUUCCUGUUAAAUAGUUGAAAAUAGUGAUUGUGUAUUAAUAAGAACACCACAAUGUAAUUCAUACAAUAUUUACUUAACUGUCAUAAAAUCAGAAGACCUCAAUGAAUUUAAAAAGGGUGAUUCACAUUUAGAAAGAACAACUAAAUCAACUAAAAAUCUUCAUGGUUCUGCAGUAUUCUUAUCUGAGGUGAUAUGUAUAUAAAAAUAAUUUUUUAUAAUAUGAAUAAUACAUUAAUAUUUUUGCGACUGUGUUCACUUUAGGAAUGUAUGAUUUAUUCAUUCAAUUAAUGGGUAGUUUCUGGUAGAGCCCUGACAAACAGAAGAAUGUGAAAUACCUCUCAUUUUAUAAUAAUUGUCAGAAAUAAACUUCACAAUAAGAAGCUUCUUAGAGAUUUUACAGAGAAUUUUAAUUCAGUAUUUGAUGCUUUGAGUCGCAGGUAUCCAGCGAAGAAACGUAUCUGAAGCAGUAAUAAAGAUAAGUUUUGUUCAACUAUAUUUUUAUAAACAACAAUCAUUUUACUUAUUUUUACCUGACAUCACAAUGUUGUAUCUCACUGUAUCUUGUUUAUUAGAUUUUAGAGAAAACUAUUUCUUGGCUGAAUUAUUGGAAAAUCCUUGUUGUAUGGGUUACGUGUCACUAUGAAUUCAACAAAUUAUUUAUUGCAAACUUGUAAUUUGAAAUAUGUGUCAAACAAACAAGAUGAACUAAUAUUCUUUGGAGUUUUUCGGUACAAUAUGCCAAUCUAUUGGUCCAAAUGAUCAUCCAUCUUGCAAGUCUACAAACUUCUGAUCGUAUACAUCAUCGUAUUACAUAGUAAUAAAACCACCUAAGAAAAGAAACUGCCAAAUUCUUAAAAUAUUAUAUUACAAUGAAAAUUAAACAAUUUAUAUUAGAACCAAACAAAAAAGUUGUUAGUUGGUGUAAAUCUAAUCUAACUAUUUAAGAACUUUAUUUAAUUGUUAUAAGUAAAAUAUUAUACUUUUUUUUUUUUUAAAUAAUGAUAGUUAUUAUAACUAAAAUUGUAUAAUUAAUAAACUAACAUGUCUUAUUACAUUGUAUUGAAAAUAUGAUUUGAAAAUUUAAAAGUAUUGUGCUAUUUUUAUUGAUAUUAAA